CAGAAAACCAGCAACGCAAGUUUUAUUGCGUUUGCUGAAAUAGUUUUAUGAAGUUUCUGCGAGAAGGGGUGUUACAGUUUUAACCCAACGAUGUCUUCAGUCCAAAGUAUGCGCAGGUUUGUCUGUGAUCGACUGACUGCGGCUGCUCAAGAGAUACUGGGAGCCUUUGAAACCAGAAUAGAGGACUACGAGACGGAACUUGCCCGUCAACGCAGACUACUGGAAAGCGUGUUAACCCCUGAUGUAAAGUUACACCAGACAGAUCUCCCACAAACAUCCAUCCAUAAAGAGCAGGAGGUUCUCCUGAACCACCAGCAGCACAGUAACCAGCAGCCAAACUCCAGUUUGGAUGACUCAGAUCCUCCACAGGUUAAACAGGAACGUGAGGAAAUAUGCAUCAGUCAGGAACGACAGCAGCUUACACAGCACCAGGAGGCUGAUGCCUCCAAUUUAACUUUGGCUUGUGAGAGAAGUGUCUCUAGUGACCAGUCUCAGUCUUUGGAGCCUGACCAGACUCAGAGUGCAACAAAUAAAGAUCCACAUUCCAGUAUCUCAAGCAAAGAUAUAUUCUCUGAAUCUGACAGGGAGAGUUUUGCAGUAGCAACACCAAACUGUGACCAGGAGAUUUUCUCUCCCAAUUCUCCUGCAUCUGAGAGCCAAGAUCUCACAGUGCCCAAUCAUGGAAGUGCAACACCAAGUAGAUAUAUUGAGUCAGCAUCCAACAUGGAAAGCAAUGAUGAGAACACAGCAUCAGCUGCAGAAUUUGGGCCAACAUUGGAUGAGAUGAACAACAGUGGGAAUACCACAUCAACUAGUUGUACCGAGCAGAAAUAUAACAAUGAAACCAUUACAUCUGCUACAAGUAGUGAGCAAGCAUCAUAUGAGAAACUCGAUAAUGAAAAAACAUCAGCUUUAACUACUGAGCAAACACCUAGUAAAAAACAAAAUGAUGAGAACACAACAUCAACAGCAACUUCUGAAACAACACCACAUAAGAAAUGUAAUGAGAACACAACGACAAAUGGAAAUACAGAACCUGUACCAAAUGAGAAACCUACAAAUGAGAAUAAAACAUCAACCAGAAGUACAGAAUUAACACUUAAUAAGCAAUAUAAUGAUGCGAACACAACAUCAGCUAGAAGCACUGAGCUGACACCACAUGAGAAGUAUGAUGGGAACACAGCAUCAAAAGGAAAUGGAGAGUCUUCACCAAAUGAGAAAUGCCAAGAUGGGAGACCAACUACAACUGAAAGUGUUGAGCUAACACCAAAUGAGAAAUGUAACAAGGAUAACACAACAACUAGAAGUACUGAGAUGACACCAGAGAAGACACACUACAAUGAGGAAACAACAUCAACUAGAGGUUUUCAGCCAACACAGAAUGAGAAACCCAAUGAUAAAACCACAACAGCAAAGAAAAGCACCAAGGUAACACCAAACAAGAAAAGUAACAAUAAGACCCCACAAUCAGCUAGAGGCACCAACCUGACACCACAUGAGGGUGUCACAUCAAAAGGAAAUAGUGAACAAACACCAAAAAAGAAAAGCCAAGACGGGAGAUCAAAUUCAGCUGUAAGUGUUGAGCCAGCACCAAAUGAGAAAUGCAAUGAUAAGACCACAAGAUCUACCAGAAGUACUGAGCUAACACAAAAUGAGACAUGUAACAAAGAGGCUGCAACAACUAGAAAUACUGAGAUGACACCAAAGAAGAGAUGUAAUGAUGAGAAAACAACUAGAGGCACCCAGCCAACACAGAAUGAGAAAGCAAAUAGAAGUACAAACCAAACACCAAAUAAGAAUUGUAACAGUGAGAACACAUCACCUAAAAGUACUGAGUCAUCACCUAUUAAGAAACCCAGUGAUGAGAAGACGUCAACCAAAAGUACCAUGUCGACUCCAAAUAAGAAAUACAAGCAUGGGAAAAUUACUUCUACUCAAAGUACCACACCAACACGAAAUCAGAACUGUACAGAUGGAAACACAGAGUCUACAAAAAGUAAGGAACCACGUAAAAGACAAACAACAUCAUAUGGAAGUACUGACCCACUACCAAACAAGAGAUGCAAAGAUCAGAAUAUAACAUCAGGUGGUAGUAUUGAGAAUAAUGAAAACCCUUACACAUGUGACCGGUGUGGUAAGGUUAUGACUAAUUUCAAAAACUACAAAUUUCAUAUGAAAUCCCACACAGUUGAAAAGACUUUCAAAUGUGACACUUGUGGAAAAAUGUUCAGGGAGAGUUGGGAUUUGAAUAAACAUCUGGUAAUUCACUCUGUUGAGAAGCCUUUCAAAUGCAAUGUUUGUGGAAACGGAUUCAACAGGCGUUAUAAUCUCGACCUGCAUCUUAGGGUUCACACUGGGGAAAAGCCGUACAAAUGCAACAUAUGCGACAAAAGCUUCAGCUCACGUGUGAAUAUGAAAAAGCACCUGAGAAUUCAUACAGGUGAAAAACCUUACACAUGCAGCGACUGUGGAAAGGAGUUUGCAGAUUCCUCGUCAUUCAAAAAUCACCUGCGAGUUCAUACUGGGGAAAAGCCCUUUAAGUGUUCCUACUGCAAGAGAAAAUUUGCUACCAGGACAACACUGAAAAGGCACAUCAGAACACACACGGGUGAAAAGCCGUAUAAGUGCAGUGUGUGUGACAAGCAGUUUGGGCACAGAACAGACCUGAAAGGACAUAUGAGGACCCAUACUGGCGAGAAGCCUUACAAAUGCAGUGCUUGUGGAGAACAGUUUUCCAGCUGGUCAAAGCUCAAUAAACACAAGAAAGUUCACACAAGGGAUGCACAGAGCUGCACUGCUUAAGGAUAAUCACCUUUAUUUGGCCAAGUAUGUUACACACAAGGAAUUUGUUUCCAGUACA